GCAUUUGCUCAUGAGAAAUGUCAGCGAAUUAUUGAUAUGAUCACGUUAUACCGAUAAAGAUGAGUAACAGUCGCCAAACAAAAAUUCUUUUUCUCGACGGAACAGAAAUAAAUGUACUCAUUCAACCGUCUCUCUCAUCUCGCGACCUUCUUGAUAUGGUCUUUUCUCACCUUCAUAUUAAAACGGAUAAAUCAUAUUUCGGUAUAUUUUGGAAAGAUAGUUGCAAUCAAAAGCACUGGUUAGAUCUAGAAAGAAAUGUUCUGGACCAAGAACUUCCCCCUAAUAAGAGUUUGUUGUUAUUCUUCGGUGUUCGAUUCUUUUGCGAAAGUUUUACUUGUCUCUCAGAGGAUUCAUCGGUUUUAGCCUUAUUUUACCAGAUUGUUAGGAAUUUGCACUCAAAGGAGCUAUGCUUUGCCAAAGGACCUCUUUUAUACGAAACUUAUGCUCACAUCCUUCAAGCUUUACAUGGUGAUUAUAAAGAAGGAAUUGAACACGAAAUUCCAGAUGACCUAGUUGAUGUUGUUAUUGAGCAAUGGCGGGGCCUAAAGGAUUGCUCGAGAGGAAAAGCUGUCGUUUUAACUAUUCAAAAUGCUGAGAAUUCACCUUCCUAUGGAAUGCACUAUUUUCAAGUUAAGGAUAAACAAAAUAAUUUACAUUGGUUAGGUGUUAGUCAUAAAGGCAUUGGACAGUUUGAUUAUGAAAAUAGGACUAUUGUGACUAAGAUGUUUACUUGGAAGCAGCUCGAGAAUCUCUACUAUCGCGAAAAGAAGUUUUCAAUAGAAGUUCACGAUUCCAAAAGACUGGUGCAGUCAAAAAGUACGUAUAACAUUUAUGAGGAAACACAAGUGCCAGAGCGUUACCAUGGUCAUAUUCAUUCGUCUUGUGACGAAUUAUCAACAGCCAUUAAUGAACCUACAACACAGGUGUCAACUAGUCGACGAACGUUCUCAAGCGGUUCUGUUUAUGUUCACGCUUGGUUUACGAAUUCAUUGAGUUUAACUAAGAAUAUUUGGCAAACGGCAAUAGAACAACACAAGCACUACUUGAGACCGGAAAACUUUCAGGGUUUCGCCACUAGAACAAAUGAAGAAAUCGUUAAAAGUUUAGAUCGAGCUAAAUUUGUAGCCGUUGGUAAAUAUUCUAAAGCCGUUAUGAAUAUUGAAACGCUAACUCCAGAAGAGAGAAAGGAACGAAAAAUUGAACUGGAGAAACGGAAAUUGAUGCUUGAAGAGAAGCUAAAGCAGAGGUUGGAAGAAUUAAAAGCAAGCUGUAUAGAGGAAUAUGAGUUGACGGGUCAUUUACCAAAGGAAUAUCCUGGUGAUUCAGAAGCAAUACUACAGAAGAAAGUUGGAACGUUGUUUCCCUUUCCUCCGAAAUUGUUUAGUGACCAUGCCGACAUCGUUGUGAAUGAAUUGGAAAAGAAAGUUGAAAUCGUUAAGUCUGUUGUUGCUGCUAAUAAAAAAGUAUAUAAAGAGUCUAAAGGAACUAUUAGAAGGAAACAUAAGUUCACUUUUAAGACGAGUGCCAGCGAACUAAGGAAAUUGGAAGAUAGAUUAAAUAACUUGAAAAUCAAAAAAGGCCAAAAAGCAGUUCAUGUCUCGAAGUCCGUUGAAGAUUUUAGUGAUGACGAUUCCUUGGAUGAUUUAGUUAGUCCUCGUGACUCACCAGCUCUUGGAAGAGAAAAUAUUACUAGAUGUUCGCCUAGAGUGAGUAAAACUAAGAUGGAGAAACAAAUGUUAAUUUAAUGACUAACACCCUUUCGCUUCUCUUUAAAAUUAAAUUGGAAAUUUUUGUUAAACUAACAACUGCUUUUUAUUUAUCCACCCACAGAGCUCUUCUCCUGAACAAGUCGUUGUUACCUAUGCAAGGUACCCUGCAAUUAAGGGUAAUAAGCAGCCCGAAACCCCAAGGGUUGAAUACGUUGAAUUGACCUCUAGUUGUAAAGCAAAAAAGAAUGGCUCUUCUUCAACACCCUCAUCUUCUCCCUGUAUAACUCCUUCAACUUCUUUUAAUUCUCCACCCCAGGUUCAGUCUCAUAAUCUCCCCUCCCCUAACGAAUCUCCCCCUCCCCAAAACAUUAAUCCAGAAAAGAACGCUGGGUACAAACCAUACUUGCCUUCCCACCGUCCGAAAUAUCGAAUACAACAGUACCCAACCAUAUCGCAGCGAUACAUCGAACAUGUAGUUGAGCCUCCUCAGUAUCCCAUUAGAGUCGAACACUCUUAUAGGCCUCAACACGCUGCUUUACAGCAGAUUGAAGCGAACGGAUCAUAUACAGAGCCAAAGCAGUUAAAUAUGGAAUACGAGAGUAAUCGAGUUUGUUCUUCUACUUGCAAUGAUCACGUGAUAGUUAAGAGGUAUCAAGACUGUGUGGAGGUUUUUAGACCUUUCCUAUCCUCUGAUGUCGCUAAAUAUAGCGAGAGCAGGCGCCGCCAAAUGUCACCCAUUUCUCCAGACAAUGUUCAAAAAGUACACCAGUAUGCACCGCCCGAAUUGUUAAAGUGCGAGCCAGUGCGGUCUCCGACAAACAGUUUUGAGAAAACAUUCGGAGAUCUGGAUAUGAGCUGCCAGAGCGAUGCUUUUAAAUCAGAGAUGAUGAACUGGUUAACGGAUAGGAAUCAACAAACACCCGAUUCAACGCUCGUCUAAAUAAGAGGAAAUGAGAGGAAGAAAAUUCUUUCAGGGACUGUUUUCUUUUCUCUUUUUUUGUUUGUUUGCCAUAAGCGUUUUUUUCUUUUUUUUAAAAUGGGCAGAGACUAAAAUUUCGUUUGAUUCAUGAAUAAUUUUAAUUGGAAAAAAAACAGCAAAUUUUUUUUUUAAAGUUUCUAAUAAAAUUGUUUUGUUCACGUUUACCAUUAAAAAACAACAAUUAUCUCCGUGUUUACGAUAAAUCUUUGCUUUGGCAUAGAUGUUCUUCUUAAGUAUUAAAAAAAUAUACGCUUUAAUACGGUAAUCUAUACUAGGUAACCUAGAGAUCUAAUUGUUUAAAUUCCAUAUUAAAAUUGCUUGUAGUUUAAGACUAAAAUGAGUACAGACUAUUCCAUUAUCCUUGAGAAGUUCACUAAUGUUUGUCUGAAAUAAUUUGCAAGUAGUUAAUUCUAAAAGGACUUUGUUACUAUUGUUAUACAUAUACACAUAAACACGAUAACUUAAUUAUUACACACAAAUUUAGCGAGUUUAUUUUUAGUUAUUCUCUUGUUUUGUA